CAGAGUAUCUGCCAGGCGCGGGCCUCUGUCAUGGUCUACGAUGACACCAGUAAGAAGUGGGUGCCCAUAAAGCCUGGACAGCAGGGAUUCAGCCGCAUCAACAUCUACCACAACACUGCCAACAACACGUUCAGAGUGGUGGGCGUCAAGCUGCAGGACCAGCAGGUGGUAAUCAACUACUCCAUAGUUAAGGGGCUCAAGUACAACCAGGCCACCCCGACCUUCCACCAGUGGCGCGAUGCCAGACAGGUCUACGGCCUCAAUUUCGCCAGCAAAGAGGAGGCCACCACCUUCUCCAACGCCAUGCUCUUUGCCCUCAACGUCCUCAGUGCUCAGGAUGGAGGUCCAGCUGUUCAGCGCCAAGUCCAGAAUGGGCCGACUUCAGAUGAGAUGGAAGUUCAGAGAGCGAGGCAGAUGAUGGAGCAGCAGCAGCAGAUUCAGGCGCACUUGGAGCGGGAGCGACGGACCUCCAACUCAGGUUCUCCUUUCCAAGGCCACCCUGCUGUGCUCUCUGUGGCCCCACCAGUAGUACCUCCCCCAAUGAACAUGGGCGGCCCUCCUCCCCCUCCGCCACCGCCGGGACCCCCACCACCCUCAGCGGGGGCACCCCAGCCUCCUCUCCCACCGCCACUACCCAUGGGCGAUGGGGGUUACGGAGAUGAGUCGCCUGGGCAGACGGGACUCGCCGCGAUGAUCGCUGGAGCCAAACUGCGUCGCGUUCAAAGACCUGAGGACAGCUCCUCAAGCGCCAAAAACGAUGCCAACAGAACGAGUGGAAGCAGCGGAGGACUGAUGGAGGAGAUGAACGCUCUGUUGGCACGAAGGAAAGCAGCCUCAGAGAAGCCGGAGGACAGCCAAAACGAUGAUCCAAAUUGUCCGUCACCCAACACCCGGGGUGGACAGAACGCCACAGAUGGUGCAAAGAAGCCGUGGGACCGAGCCAACUCUGCAGACAGGUCCAUGGUCUCAAGGGUACGGCCCGUGGGGAGUGGCAGUGACACAGACGCAGACCUCGAUAGAAUGAAACAGGAAAUCUUGGAAGAGGUGUUCCGUGAAUUGCACAAAGUAAAGGAGGAAAUCAUCGAUGCCAUUAGACAUGAACUCAGUCGAAUUAGUACGACAUAAUGUCUUGGAGCUGCUCCCCGACACGAACAACCUUUUCGAACCCUUGCCCCUGCAACAGCUGCUGUGGCCCUGAGGAGGAGGAGGAGGAGAAGAAGUCAGGGACGAAGGCCCAAACUGUGACAUCCACUCACCCUGUUCAGCUGUGGUGUUGAAGCAAUGCAGCGACGUUGAUCUAACACCUCAGGCGUGUCUGUGUAACAUUUGGUUUGUGUGUUUGGAGACAAAGAUGUGAAUGGGGCACACUCUCGCACUGAUUCCUCCGAUUUAUAAACAUUUUCUGUCCGUCUGUCAGCCCAUCUCCGCCCCUCUGUCCUCGGCCCAAAGGAAAUAUAAUAAAAUGUAUAUGAUUUUAUUUGUCUUCUGUUUGUUUUUCACAGGUUUGUUUUAAACUUUUUUUUAUUAUUACUAUCAUUUUCAUUAUUAUUGCUAUCAUUUAUAUGAUUGUCUAUGUCAUGUUAAUAUGAGUAGUAGUAGUUUAGUGAGUACAAUGGUAACAAUGAGGAAAUGAUAAUGAGAAUAUGAUAGUAACAAUAAUGUUGAUAAUUAUCAUUGCACAUCAUUUUACGUCAUCCUUUUGUAUUUUAUAUUGGUUCUUUUCAUUUGGUUUUUGUUUUAAAUACACUUGCGAUCACAUCCAAUAAAUGUAUUUCUUAUCAUUAUUCCCAGAACAUUUAAAAAUAAUGUUUUUUAUCCUUUUGGCCAACACAGCUAUGUAUGGCAGAAAAAAACAGUCUCAGACCUGAAACCAAGGGUGGGAUAAACUUCUUUGGAUAUUGCAAUCGUAUAAAAAAUGAAAUAAUACACCAGAGUAUUUGUGAUCAUGUUGUUAAUAAAAUGUUUAUUGG